UUUUGCGGCCUUGGCGAUACGCGAGAUGAGCCUUGAAUCUGUGAAACUAAUUUCUGUUAUCUUUUCAAGGUCGAAAACAAAUAUGGCUAAUGAAAUGGGAACAGCUGCAGCUAUUCCUGAUAACCAAGAUACAGAAAUAUCUGGCCCAAGUUCAUCAAAGCACUCAAGGAAAAAAGCUUCAAAUUCAGCAAGAGAUGCCGGCCAGUCGUCUUCUGUGGCUAUGCAGAGAGGUCCUUCCUCAGCUUGUCUGGAGGCCAAGACUCAGAAGAAGUUACCCAAGCCUAAAAUUGAUCUUCGAGCCCUCUUCGAUUACCAUUUCAGACGAAAGCAGCACCGGUUCCGCAAAAGAUGGAACCCUAGGGAGACAAAACCAAGCACAUCUCGCCGGUCUGCCAGAAAAUGGCCGGGAAGACAGAGGAUUCCAGAAGAUGAGCAAAGGAAAAGAAUGAAAGAGAGAGGAAUGGUAUUUCCCUUCGUGGAGAAAUACUACGGCAGGAAGCAUCUCCCUUUAAAAAUGGUGCGACAAUAUGAGCAUGCAGCUUUGAAGGGAUUUUUCAAAUACAUUGAAAUGUUGAAAUAUGAACAUCAUUUGAAGAAGUCCUUGACACAGUUGAAUGCUGUGGGCGAUCUUGAAAAUGAAUGUCUGGAAUCACGGAGACACAAAUACCUGGAUGAUGAUGGACCCGUUUCUCCCAUUGCAGAGACCAGCAACGAGGACUCUAGUAAUGAAGACAUUGGUGCCAAAAUAGUGGACAACAGGUGUUUCAUAUUGAGCUGCAAAAUUCCCAAGAAAAAGAAAAACUUGUACCGGAGGAGAAAAUGAGUGGCAAUUUUGUUAGAAUUCAAGACAUUUAAAUGGAAUGCCUAGAAGACAAGGCAAAUAAAAAUUUAACGUUCUGAAGAUCGAAGCUAACUUAAAUAAAGUCUUAAAAACAAGCAAAAUAUAAGUCAGCACAACUCCACAACAGCCACCCACUAUCUACCGCCCAACACAACAUCCUGCAGAAAGGCCUAAACUAUAAUCCAGGAGAAUGCCAGUCAACUAGAAUUCUUUGCCAGCCUUAGAAGGAGCAUUUAAAACCACAGGAUUCCCCAGAGACCCAAGAUAGCAUCAGAAAGAAGACAAGAACAAAGCCAGAAGAGAGCAGCCCUCAAAAAACCUAAAGAAGCACCAAAUUAUCGUUAUCCUUCCAGCAGAUAAAGGUUAAUAAAAGUUAUUUUGCCUUUUGUAUGUAUUCUGAUGUAUCCAUGAUAAGGGUCAGAAUACGUACAAAAAGCAAAAGAAUUAUUCGAAGACAAAACUUAACAUCAAUCCCACAGAAAAACGAAUCAUCUGGAUGAAAAGAACGUUCAGCAACCUCGCCAAGAAAGGGCAAAUCGCCAAAGAAGACCAAGCCAGCCCUUCAGUUGUAUCAUUCUCAGGGACUCCCAACAUACAACGUGGCUGAAGGAUUGACUAAAAGGCUCAGCUGCCUCCCAGAGGGAAGCAGAUAUUCCAAGAACUCCUCACUACAGAGCCUCUAAAUAAAGACAUGAUCGAAGGCGAAGACAAAAGAACCUUCAUCAUUCGAUGUCACAGCUCUUUUUACAUCCAUGGAUCCAAAAUUAGCCCAAAGAAUCCAUGACAUAACACUACCUGUAAAAAAAAA